CAGGUAACAACAACAACAACAACAAAAUAAAACAAAAUACACAUCAAAACCAAAACCAACAACAACAACAACAGCAACGUUAUCCACUAUCACCACCACCACCACCACGACCAUCAACAACAACCACAACAACAGCAAAAACAACAUCAACAGGGGUAGUAGUCCAACCAACAGCAGCUCCAGUAAUAAGCAGCAGGAAUCUUGAGUUAGUGCAGUAUUGAGAGAGUUAGAGUAACCACAAGAACAGUAGCAACAAGAAUAACAAUAACAACAACAACAACAACAAUAAUAAUAAUAAUAAUAAUAAUAAUAAUAAUAAUAAUAAUAAUAAUAAUUGUAACAACAGUAGAACUUGAGAUUCUAUUCAAAACAAAUCUGUGAAUUUGCAUCGCUUGGAGGUUUAUAUUCCUGUUUUUCCAACACAGCAGAGCAAUCGGAAGAAAUCAUGAAUGGUAACAGUGGAUCUUGGGUGGCACCAGCCUCUGACUUUGCCCACAAAACAAUCAACCCAAUACGACGCCUGGUCGAUACUAUGAAACUGGUACCCAACAAGGACAAAGAUAUGAUUGUACUGACCAUCGGAGACCCAACAGUCUAUGGCAACAUGUACCUACCCCAAGUGGCAGAGGAUGCCGUGGUGGCUGCCAUUCAAAGCAAGAAGUACAAUGGUUAUGGACCUUCAGUAGGUUUGGAAUGUGCAAGAAAAGCUGUUGCUGCUUAUGAAACUACCCCUUCCUUUCCCAUUGAUGCGAAGGACGUGAUUCUUACGAGUGGAUGUUCCAGUGCCAUUGAUCUCUGUAUCACAGUUCUGGCCAACAAAGGUCAGAAUAUUCUUGUCCCACGACCUGGAUUCUCCCUCUAUAAAACUGUCGCAAACUCUGUUGAUAUUGAAAUCAAAUUUUACAAUCUACUGGUGAGUAACACUACAGAAUACGUUGCAUGUACACUACUAUCUCUGAGUCUGUGCGUGGUGUGUGACUGUGUUCACAUGUGCAUUUUUUUCUCUUUUUAUCUUUUACUUGUUUCAGUCAUUGAAUUACGGCCAUACCUUGGCACGGCCGUGAAGAGUUUAAUCAACCCAGUACUUAUCAAGUUUGUUGCUAAAACAGCCGACACUGUGUCUGAAAGCGAUUUUUCAUUUGGCAAUUUUAUCGAUCAUAUGAUCGAGGAGAAUGCACAAGGGCUUGGUAUUGACGACCAAAGUGAUGUACCUGUGUCAUCAGUGCAUACAAGUGAUCUUUCAGACUUCAGGGAGGAAGAAAUUUCAGACUUGUCGACUUUGUCGGACGAUUCGGAUUACGAUGAUUUGGAGUGGACUGACAUUAUCACAGACACUGAAAAGGGUACAUUUAUUCAAGCUACUGGGCCUACAAAACCUCUGUCAGUGACAGCAGAGCCAAUUGAGUACUUAAUCCAGUUGUUUCCAACUACAGUCUUCCAUGACCAAACAUUUCACUCAGUGGCCUCUCUCUCAACAGAUGUACCUGUCCUAACAUGUAGUGGCAUCGCAAAGAGGUUCUUGGUCCCAGGAUGGCGAAUGGGAUGGAUUGUCAUCAACGACCGUGGAGGUGUCUUUGAAAAAGAAAUACGAGGUGGUCUCCUGAAUCUCAGUCAGAAAAUCCUUGGACCAUGUACCUUGGUGCAGGGUGCCUUGCCAAAUAUCCUGAAGAACACAGAAAAGAGUUUCUUUGACUCAAUUAUUACCAUUGUUGAAGAAAAUGCCAAAUUCUGUUAUGAAAGUUUCCUGAGAAUUCCAGGACUGAAACCAGUAAUGCCACAGGGAGCAUUGUAUAUGAUGGGGCCAUAUAGUCCCCAGUUGAGAACCCCUGUUCUAAUCUGCUAUCUCAUACUCUUUCCUUCACAGUGUUUCCAGAUGCCCAACUACUUCAGGCUCGUCCUCACUCUGCCACAUGAUAAGGUCCAGGUGGCACUCGGCCGCCUCUCUGAAUAUUGUGCCAAGUAUUAUUCACCUUUGACUUACAAUUCUGCCUCCAGUGAUGCGGAAAAGUAACGUACGUUCACUAUCUUAUCUUUCGUCUUUUACUUGUUUCAGUCUUUAGUCUGCUGCCAUGCUGGAGCAGCACCUUGAAGGGUUUACUUGAACUAAUUGACACCUGUAUUAUUCUUUUUCUAAAGCCUUGUACUUGUUCAAUCAGUUUCUUUCUGUCAAACCACUAAGUUACAGGGACAGGAACAAACCAACACCAGUUCUCAAAUGGUAAUGGGGGACAAACACACACAGAGAUACACACACACACACACACACACACACACACACACACACACACACACACACACAUAUAUACA